AUGCUCAGAAAGGCAUGCCUCCCAAAACCAGGGGGCUACUUCCGCCUCAGUUCAACCUUGCCGCUCUCGAGAAGCGAUGCAUGUCGCCGAUACCUGAGUACUGUGACUCCCAAUCCUGGUGGGAAAAUUCACAGUGUAAUUGGCGCCGUGGUCGAUGUCAAGUUUGAAGGUGGCACCAUGCCGUCCAUCCUUAACUCGCUGGAAACAAAGAACGGCGAGGACACGCUCGUCCUGGAGGUGGCGCAACAUCUUGGAGAGAACACCGUUCGAUGUAUUGCUAUGGAUGGUACAGAGGGCCUCGUCCGGGGCACCGCAGUGACCGAUACAGGCGCCCCGAUCACGGUGCCCGUCGGCCCUGGCACCCUCGGACGCAUCAUGAAUGUCACCGGAGAGCCAAUCGAUGAGCGGGGCCCAAUUCAGGGGGUUCGCCGAAUGCCCAUCCACAGUGAGCCUCCGCAGUUUGUGGAGCAAUCGACUCGGGCGGAGGUGUUGGUCACGGGCAUCAAGGUUGUAGACCUGCUCGCGCCGUACGCUCGUGGAGGCAAGAUCGGGCUCUUUGGAGGUGCGGGUGUGGGAAAGACGGUGUUUAUCCAGGAACUCAUUAACAAUAUCGCCAAAGCGCAUGGUGGUUACUCGGUCUUCACUGGGGUUGGAGAACGGACUCGAGAGGGCAAUGAUCUGUAUCACGAAAUGCAGCAGACCGGCGUCAUUAACCUGGAGGGAGAAUCUAAGGUGGCCCUGAUCUUUGGCCAGAUGAAUGAGCCCCCCGGUGCCCGGGCCCGUGUUGCUCUGACGGGACUUACGGUGGCAGAGUACUUCCGAGACGAGGGUCAAGACGUCCUUCUGUUCAUCGACAACAUCUUCCGCUUUACGCAGGCAGGAUCAGAAGUCUCAGCUCUGCUGGGUCGAAUCCCUUCUGCAGUGGGGUACCAACCGACCUUGGCAGUUGAUAUGGGUGCCCUGCAGGAACGUAUCACCAGUACACCGAAGGGAUCCAUUACCUCAGUACAGGCAGUCUAUGUCCCUGCUGACGAUCUUACGGAUCCCGCGCCGGCCACUACCUUCGCCCAUCUGGACGCGACCACCGAGCUCUCUCGCGGAAUUGCUGAGAUAGGCAUCUACCCUGCAGUCGACCCUCUGGGAUCCAAGUCGCGACUUCUUGAUCCGCGCGUUGUUGGCGAGGAGCACUACAACGUUGCUCUCAACGUGCAGAUGAUCCUACAAGAAUACAAGUCUCUGCAGGAUAUCAUUGCCAUUCUGGGAAUGGAUGAGCUGUCCGAGGAGGAUAAGAUUAAGGUUGAGCGCGCCCGGAAGAUUCAGCGGUUCCUCAGUCAGCCUUUUGCUGUCGCCGAGGUUUUCACCGGCAUCAAAGGUGAAUUGGUCCCGCUGGAGGAGACUAUCCGCUCGUUUAAGGCUAUCCUAGAUGGAAAGGGCGAUGAGAUGCCUGAAAAUGCUUUCUACAUGGUCGGCGGCUUUGACACAGCCAAAGCUAAGAGUGAGCGGAUUCUCGCGGAGCUGGAGCAACGUUCAUAA